GUACUUCUCCUUUCGACUGUUUUUGUGAUAGCAGUGCACGGAGCUCCUCAAAUCCCUGGAAUGGGCAGCAUGAUACCUGGAAUGGGCAGCGGCGGAAUGCCUGGAUUCGGCGGUGGAAUGGGUGGGGGUGCUAAUAUGGGAUUUAAUCUUGGAGCAAAGGCCGAUAUGGGAGCCGGAGGAGGAGCAGGAGGAAAUGCAGGAGGAAAUGCAAAUAUGGGAGCAGGACUGGGAUUUAAU